UUGUAGCUCUCAAACUUUGUUCAGUUUUUAUGGUAAACAUCAAACCCUAUCUUUUGUUCUGUUAGUAACAAGGGUUCCAGGCAAAUCUCCGCAAUCACAAGUUGUGCUACGAUGGACAGUAUUCUGGUUCUGGGUCUUCUCAAACUUCGUAUUAAAAGAGGCAUUAAUCUCGCAAUUCGAGAUUCUCGUUCCAGUGACCCUUAUAUCGUUGUCAACAUGGGCGAACAGAAGCUGAGGACUCAUGUGGUGAAACAGAACUGCAAUCCUGAGUGGAAUGAAGAAUUGACCCUUUCUAUAAGGGAUGUUAAUACUCCUAUACAUCUGGUAAUUUAUGACAAAGACACUUUCUCUGUGGAUGACAAAAUGGGUGAGGCAGAAAUAGACUUAAAACCAUAUCUUGAGUGUGUAAAGAUGGCGAUGGAGUUGGAGAAACUCCCACAUGGUUGUGCAGUAAAGAGGAUUCAACCAAAUAGGACUAACUGUCUUGCUGAAGAGAGUAGCUGCAUUUUGCAAAAUGGAAAUAUCAUCCAAGACAUGAUUUUAAGAUUGAGAAAUGUUGAGCGUGGCGAAAUAGUUGUGCAAAUUGAGUGGAUUGAUGUUAUAGGUUGCAAGGGCUUAUCAGAGGUAGAAUUUUAAGGUAUAUAUAUAGGGUUCUAUUAAUUUCCUGUUAUUGAAAAAAAGUUAGCUGCAGCUGACACAUGCUAUUCAGGAUGUGGUUCCGUAUCCUGAAAAGCAUGUGACUAUUGCACGAAACAGUAUUUUUGCCGUAGCUAAAGAGACAUAUUUCCUAUAUAUAUAAAGCAUUGAAACCUUUUAUAUGGCCUCGUGCUUUAUGCAGUGGUUAAUGUAUUGUGAUAUUAUGUAUAAUGCUAAGAGGACUCUGUAAUUUUUCUUAUGGAGUGAGACAUAUAUAGUAGUUAGUAAGUUUCCAAAAUAUUUUUGCAUGAUGACAAUCCGUGCAAGUAA